UUUUGGAGUUUGCUUUUCUAUUAUUGUGUUAUUUGUAAUGGAGCGGAAGUUUUUCUUGGGCCAAUAUUUGAUAUGUGUGAUAUUACUGUUGGGGCAGCUACAUGGAUACAAAAGCUGUAUUCAGAAAGAAAAGUUGGCUUUGUUGGAGCUCAAGAAAUACAUAAUCUCACAAAGUAGGCUACCCGAUUUCGUUCUCCCUACUUGGACUAAUGACAGAAGGAGCGAUUGUUGCCGAUGGGAGGGCCUUAAGUGCAACCGCACAAGCGGACGGGUGACUGAGAUUGUGCUUAGUGAUUUGUUCCUCAAAGAGAGCUCUCUCUUCAAUCUUUCUUUGCUGCAUCCCUUUGAAGAGGUUCGAAGUCUGAACUUUUCAACGCUAGUGGGAGGAAGUUGCUUCUUCGAUGAUGUUGAAGGGUAUAAAAGCCUAGGGAAGUUAAGUAGCCUCAAGAUUCUGGAUCUCUCAAGAAAUAAAUUCAACAACAGCAUAUUUCCCUUUCUUAAUGCCGCUACAUCACUUACAACUCUUUUUCUUCGGGAAAACAACUUGGAUGGCCCUUUUCCUGCUAAAGAACUUAAAGAUUUGACAAACUUGGAACUGUUGGACCUGAGUAGUAACAGAUUUAAUGGCUCCAUACCAGUACAAGAGUUAUCUUCCCUGAGGAAGCUGAAAGCUCUGGAUCUAAGUGGUAAUGAGUUUUCUGCAUCAAUGGGAUUGCAAGGGAUUUGCGAAAUGAAGAAUAUGCUAGAUCUUGAUCUCAGUCGAAACAAACUAGUAGGUCAGUUUCCCUUAUGCUUAACUAGCUUGAGUGGACUUAGAGUUCUUGAUCUCUCAUCAAACCAAUUGACUGGGAAUGUGCCACCUGCUCUCGGUAACCUUGAAUCCCUCAAGUACUUAUCGUUGAUUGAUAACAACUUCGAAGGCAUCUUCUCACUUGGUUCGCUUGCCAACCUCUCAGAGCUUGGGGUUUUCAAACUUGGUUCAAAAUCCAAAUCACUUCAAGUAGAGUCUGAAAGUUCUUGGAAGCCAAAAUUUCAUUUGAGUGUUAUUGAACUACCAUCUUGCAACUUGGUAAAGGUUCCUCAUUUUCUCGUAUACCAGAAGGAUUUGCGUCGCAUUGAUCUCUCCCACAAUAAUGUUUCUGGAAAUUUUCCUUCUUGGCUAUUGGCAAACAAUACGCAACUCAAAGUUUUGUUUCUACAAAAUAAUUCGUUUACGAGCUUUCAGCUACCGAAAUCUGCUCAUAAGCUACUUAUCCUAGAUGUGUCAGCUAAUGAAUUCAGUCAUCUGCUUCCUGAGAACAUUGGGUGGAUACUUCCUCAUUUACGGUAUAUGAAUAUCUCCAAGAACGGGUUCCAAGGAAAUAUGCCAUCUUCUUUGGGUAAUAUGGAGAGGAUUCAAUAUCUGGAUAUAUCUCACAACAACUUCCAAGGGAAGCUACCAAGAAGUUUUGUAAUGGGUUGUUAUUCCAUGGUAUCUUUGACGCUGUCACAUAACAACCUAAGUGGAGAGAUUUUCCCGGAAUCAGUCAACUUUACUGAUAUAUCGGAGCUGUCUAUGGAUAACAAUCAGUUUACAGGAAAGAUUGGAAAAGGUUUGCGUAGCUUGAGAUACUUGGAAUUGCUUGACAUUUCGAACAACAAUCUCACGGGUGUUAUUCCAAGCUGGAUUGGCGAGCUUAAAUCCUUAGUUGUAGUACUUGUUUCAAACAACUCGUUGGAAGGUGAGAUACCUGUUUCGUUGUUCAACAGAAGAUUUCUUCAGCUACUGGAUCUCUCUGCAAACAAUUUAUCUGGGGGCAUACCUCCACACGUCAAUUCUAGGUAUCCCGUAGCGUUAUUCCUGCAAGACAAUAAGUUAUCAGGGGUCGUUCCAGACACAUUGCUAACGAAUGUCACUGUACUUGAUCUGAGAAAUAACAGAUUGUCUGGGAAUAUUCCCGAGUUCACCAACAACCGAAACACCCAUACUCUUCUUCUCCCAGGGAAUAAUCUAACAGGCAGCAUUCCCCACCAGUUGUGUGGCCUAAGAAACAUCCAACUUCUUGAUCUUUCAAACAACAGAUUGAAUGGAUCCAUACCUUCAUGUCUCAGCAAUACAUCAUUUCUUCUUGGGAAAGAAGAGGAUAUAAUUUAUGAUUAUGAUUACGGCCGUAUUAACCAGCUUGAUCUUGCGGGUGGUUUCCAAGAUCCGUUCAAAUUUCUUAUUGUGCUAGAUCCGUUUAGUAUGGUAUACGGGCCAAUCAUCCAGCUUAAGAUAGAGUUUGCAACUAAACACCGAUACGAUGCCUACGUGGGUGGAGUUCUCGUAUUAUUGUUUGGAAUGGAUCUCUCAGAAAAUGAGCUGAGUGGUGAUAUCCCUGUAGAGCUUGGAGGUCUUCUGGAGAUACAAGCUCUCAAUCUUUCUCACAACAACUUAUCAGGCGUGAUACCAGAUAGCUUUUCAGGUCUGAAGAAUGUGGAAAGUCUUGAUCUUUCCUUCAACAAAUUACAAGGCCGGAUUCCACCAAGACUAGCAGAUCUGAGCAGCCUAGGUGUGUUCAAUGUUUCAUACAACAACUUAUCAGGAGCCAUUCCCCUGGGAAGACAUUUUAGCACCUUUGAUACACAAAGCUUCCUCGGUAAUCCUCUUCUCUGUGGGCAACCAACCGACAUAAGCUGCAACGGUAACACCAUUCAAGCACCAGAUAAUGUAGCCAGAGAUGAAGAAAGCACAAUCGACAUGGUUUCUUUCUACUGGAGUUUUGCUGCAGCCUAUGUUACAGUACUUCUUGGAGUACUUGCAUCUCUCUCUUUUGAUUCUCCAUGGAGCAGAUUUUGGUUCUACACGGUUGAUGCUUUCAUCCACAAGGCGAGGAAUUUGUUGUGGUAAACCAUUAUUGGUGACAAAUUCUUAUAUUGUCCCCAUCUGUUUCUAUUCUUCACAAGACCUCCUGCUUUGUGUAGCCAACCAGAACAUUACUUGUGUUUGGUUCCUAUGUACUGUCUUUGUCAUUGUCUAUGAAUAAAUGUAUUGUCUCAAACA